CGACUAUGGGAAAGGAUCUCCCAUAAGUUCGUCGAGGUCGAACUCUGAUUUCCGCGUCGGUAACUGUCGAUAACACAGCCCACGUUUACUCAUCGGUGCAUAAGGUUAAGUUAACCUAGUUCACAGAUGUUUUUGAACGAUUCACCACGUGUGUAAAACAAUGUAUUAGAGAAAUUGUUAAUUUUUUUCGAAUAUUUACGUCUAUUGUAUAAAAAUGUCGGUACCUGAUAAAGUUUUGAUGCGAAAAAUUAAGAAGAGGGAAAAGAAGAAGCUGCAAGUAUUAAAAGAACGAGAACAACAAAUACAGAAUGGCGAAGCUGCACUUGAUUCAGAAAAUAAUAUCGAGGAAAAUAGAAUGGAAACUUCAAACGGAUUAAAAAGGCAUAUUACCGAAGAUGGAAAUGGAGUAGUAAAAAAAAAGAAAAAGAAAGUAAAGAAUGAAAAGAGGUUAGAAAUGGAAGAGGAUGAUGUUAAUACUGGCGUUAAAUCAAGUAAUGCUUAUACGAGUGAGAACGAUGAACCAAAAGAAGAUAACAGUGAUAAAGCCACCACAGAUUUACCUGGCUCUACGAUAGGUUUAGAAGUAACAAAAGAUACGAGUUUCGAAACGCUAAAAGAAUCAGUAUGCGAAAAUACUCUAAAAGCGAUCGAAGAUAUGGGUUUUAAGAACAUGACAGAAAUCCAAGCGAAGUCUAUUCCACCGCUGUUAGAAGGCAGAGAUUUGGUUGGCGCUGCCAAAACUGGAUCCGGAAAAACUUUGGCGUUUUUAAUUCCAGCAGUGGAAUUAAUUUAUAAAUUGAAGUUUAUGCCUCGUAACGGCACUGGCUGUAUUAUUAUAUCUCCAACCCGAGAAUUAUCUAUGCAAACGUUUGGAGUUUUAAAAGAAUUGAUGAAAUAUCAUCACCAUACAUACGGAUUACUAAUGGGUGGUGCUAGUAGACAGACAGAAGCCCAGAAACUUUCAAAAGGAAUUAAUAUCGUGGUAGCUACACCCGGUAGAUUAUUGGAUCAUCUCCAAAAUACAGCAGACUUCUUGUAUAAAAAUCUUCAGUGUCUCAUUAUUGACGAGGCUGAUCGUAUAUUAGAUAUUGGUUUCGAAGAAGAACUUAAGCAAAUUAUUAAUAUUUUACCAAAAAAAAGACAAACAAUGUUAUUCAGUGCAACUCAAACUAAGAGAACCGAGAUGCUGACAACUUUAGCUUUGAAGAAGGAACCAGUUUACGUCGGAGUUGAUGACCAUCAUGAAAAAGCGACAGUAGAAGGAUUAGAACAAGGUUACGUAGUUUGUCCUAGCGAGAAAAGAUUCCUACUUCUGUUUACGUUCUUAAAGAAGAAUAGGAAGAAAAAAGUGAUGGUUUUCUUCAGUUCUUGUAUGUCAGUAAAAUACCAUCACGAACUUUUAAAUUACAUCGAUUUACCAGUAUUAAGUAUACAUGGAAAGCAAAAACAAACUAAAAGAACAACAACAUUCUUCCAAUUUUGCAAUGCCACUUCCGGCAUACUUCUCUGUACCGAUGUAGCUGCACGUGGACUUGAUAUACCAGCCGUUGACUGGAUUGUACAAUAUGAUCCACCGGAUGAUCCAAAGGAAUAUAUUCAUCGUGUCGGUAGAACAGCGCGCGGAGAAGGUAGCAGUGGCCAUGCGUUAUUAAUUUUAAGACCAGAAGAACUUGGAUUUCUUCGUUACCUUAAACAAGCUAGAGUACCAGUUAACGAAUUUGACUUUUCUUGGAAUAAGAUUGCUGAUAUUCAGUUGCAACUUGAAAAGUUAAUUUCGAAGAAUUACUUUUUAAAUAUGUCGGCGAAGGAGGCAUUCAAAGCAUACGUAAGAGCAUAUGAUUCUCAUCAUUUGAAACAAAUUUUCGAUAUCGAAACAUUAGAUCUAAUAAAGGUUGCGAAAUCUUUCGGAUUUUUGGUACCACCAGCUGUGGAUUUGAAAGUAGGCGUAAGUAAAAACUCAAGACCUCGAAAAAAAUUAGGUGGAGGAGGUUAUGGAUAUCUGAAGAGCGGGAACAAUCCAAAUUCAGAGAGGGCUGUCUCCAUGAUCCGCCAUCCGGGAGUUGAAGCUGCUCCACUACCUUGAAUGAAAUGAAAAGUUUGACUGAAGGAAAUCGAAUGACGAAAAGAUAAAUGGCAUUGGAAUGGAGUAUUAUAAUUCGAUCGGCGUUCGGAAAAGUAUAUUUGUUUUAGAAAAAGCGAAGAGGCUGCGGUGCGCGGUUUAAAUCCAUGACUAGUUAAACGAAAUAUCGGGUAGUAGUGCGCGCACCGCACCUGCUUGACCGUGAACGCACCAAUAAUCGAGGGUUAAGCUAUCUUUUAUUACAAUCUCAUUCGUUAUAAAUGCUUGACGGCAUCACCGAAUUUUUCUCUGCUUAUUCAGAAGAAAGCAAACCCACGCAGGUUAUUGGAUGUGAUGCAGUGUAUCGCUCAUGGCUCAUGCCUGAUGAGGCGUGAAAGCAAACCCGAAUCACCCUUGUGUGGCCGAGUUCGGACUAAUUCUGUCCCUAUUUACUUACUAUAGAUAGGAACACAGACUAGUCUAUUGCCCGACUCGACUGUACGACCUCGCCCUUGCGGACACACGCGACACCCACUAUCUACUCCCAAGCGAGAACCAUGUCCCAAGAACCGUCGUCAAUGGAAACAAACAUACAUAUGUGCGUUGUAAAGCGAUUGCUUGUUCGGUUACGUGAGAGCGAUCGCGGGAGAACAGCUUCACCCCCGGGAGCUGCCACGUCCACAUGAAGCAACAGGGGUGGCGCACCCCCACUGUGUAUAUGUAUAUUCGCUGCUACACGCGUUUCAAACGUGUUUCAUCUAAACGGAUUAUAGGUAUUAAAAGUUAACUAAAAUAACUUGAUAUCGAUUAUCAAAAUUAUACUAAUUAAAAAAAGAGGUUAUCUUUAAAAAAUCCCAUUAUAUUCGUUAAACGCAAAUAAUAAAAGACAUCUAAGUAUUUCCAUGAAAGUCAAUUUAACGAAUGUAUUUAAUAGAUACAAGGUUGCAAUUACGUGCACUUCAUAAAAGUUCGAUCGCGAGAUAUUUUUUGCAACAUAUCGAUCGAUGCCUAGUUCCAAUCUCUGAUGCGAAAUUCUACAUGAUUGCGAAAUGAAAGUAGGCAGGACCAUUAAUUAUGCAUUCUAAAGUAUACUGCUUCGAGAUUAUAAUGCAAUCGAACACAUUGAUACAUUGUAACCGGAUAAUUGGAAGGGCAUUGAAUUAAAAAACGAAUAAAAUAUUCAAAUUACAAAAUUUAUUCAAAAUUAAAGUUUCUUAGUAACAAAAUAUUUUCUGAUGAGUUGUAUUAUCAUAUAUUAUUAAUGUCGUAUAUACGUUGGUUGUAAUGUAACUAAAUCCCUGUUGCAUAUUUAAACGAUAGAAAUAGAAAUUUACGAAAUAUAAUUUGAAGAACAUCCGUGUGUAACGUUUGUUAAAUUUUAAUACAUCGUAUACAUGGUA